AUGUUAGUGAAGGCUUCUUACAAGACUGAUCGGAGUGGUCGGCCGUAUCGAUAUGUGAGUUGUGAUCGUGGAAAAAAGAGCAUGAUAAGAGACAUGAUGAACACGAUACGCAAAGACACGAAAAGCAAGGUAAACAGUUGUCCCUUCAAACUCAAGGUUGAGUAUGUCAGAGUAGUAAGUGGUUGGAAGCUCAGUUGCUUGAACGACACUCACAAUCAUUCUUUGGUUGUGUAUCCCGAAGGACAUCGACAAAUCAGCGGUCUUAGUCUUGCUGCUAAGCAGGUAGUACGUGAUAUGACUCAGGCACAGGUGCCACCUCGGCAUAUCAUGAGAACUCUUGUAGAAAAGUUUCCCGGAGACCAUCCAAACAUCAAGCAUGUCUACAACUGCAGAAGUAAUAUCAGAAUGGAGCGAUUCGAGGGAAGAGAGGUGGUUCACCAGGUGCUUCAUUUGGCCUGA